AAAGAGAUAGAAAGGAAGAGAGAGGAGACAGGUGGCGGGCAGCUAUAAAGACGAGAAGCGCAAUCCUUAUUUACCUCACAUCGCCGCCUUUCUUGCCCAGAAAGAACCCAAAAUCAAAUCAAUCUCCAUUCUUCCAAUUUCACAGCACCACAACACACUCAGAUUUUAGAUUCUCUCCUCAAUGGAAUCUACACCGGUUAAUUGGGAAGCCCUUGACGCUCUCCUCAUCGAUUUCGCUAAAUCGGAAAACCUAAUCGAAGAAGACUCCUCCGCCCCUUCCCCCUCCUCCUCCUCCUACCACUCCCGCCUCCUCAUCCGCCACAUCCGACGUUCCCUCCACACCGGCGCCAUUGACGCCGCCGUCCAUCUCCUCCGCCUCCACGCCCCUUCCAUCCUCACCGACCACAAGAUUCUCUUCCGCCUCCACAAACAGAAAUUUAUUGAACUUCUUCGGAAGGGGACUGCGGAGGAUCGAGAGUCUGCUAUCCAGUGUCUGAGGACGUCUCUCGCUCCUUGCGCGCUCGAUGCUUAUCCGGAAGCAUAUGAGGAAUUUAAGCACGUUCUGCUCGCGUUUAUAUAUGACAAGGAUGAUAACACUUCUCCCGUGGCAAAUGAGUGGUCAGAACGGAGGAGGAUUGACUUAGCCGGAUAUAUGUCCUCUAUGUUAAGGGCUCAUUUAAAUGCUUAUGACCCAAUUUUUUCAAUGGCUUUGAGAUAUUUAAUAAGCAUACACAGGGUAUAUUGUUUACGUCAAGGUAUUACAUCACCCAUCUCUGAUCUGACUGAAAGAUUGCUCCUUGAAGAGCGGGACCCUCCUGCAACACCACAAGACAUUUUAUACGAAGUUCCACCAUUUGAUGAGGUUGACAUACAGGCUCUUGCACACGCUGUAGAGCUUACCAGACAAGGGGCAAUUGAUAGCUUGAGAUUCAGUAAGGGUGAUCUGUUCCUGGCAUUUCAGAAUGAAUUAUGUCGGAUGAGGUUGGAUGUUCCACUUCUUGAUCAGCUUGUUAGAGAGUAUUGUGUUUACAGAGGCAUUGUUGACUCUGCUUCUGGGAAGCAACAACCUAUUUCAGAACCCGUGAAAUUCAACCAACAAGACCCUGGGUAUUGCUCAUCAAGGGAUUGUUCUCUCGAGAUUGAUUGUAAUGCCAGCAAGCAUUCUGAUGGUGAAACUUCUGUUACCAAUGCUCAGAUGGAUGGUUCCCCUGAAAAUAAUGCUGAUGUGACAAGCAUGAGACAAGUUGAUUUUGAGGUACGAUAUGCUUCAGAACUCACAAGCAUCCAUGAAGACUGUAGCACCAGUGGUUCACAGCAGCAUGAAGAUGCAGCUGCUUUGCAGCGAAGCAGGUUGCCUGGAAACGGGGAAAGGAGCAAGCGCAAGCGCUGGAGAGGGCGAUAUGAUGACAAUAGUUACAUGCCCAAUGCUUCUUUGGAAGAGCACAGCAAACAAGAGCAUAGCAUAAGUACUGUUGUCUCAACUAUAUCAAAGGAGAAACAGGGCUCUGAUAAGCUUUCUGUACAUGAUGUUAGUAAUGUGGAAGAUAGAUACGAGAUUCUGUUGGGAAUGAAGGAAUUAGCUAGCAGAGGAAUGGCUGCUGAAGCAGUCCAGGAGGUUAAUGCUAUUGAUCCCAAUUUCUUUGCCCAGAAUUCUGUUUUGCUCUUCCAACUCAAGCAGGUUGAAUUCCUCAAGUUGGUCAGCUCUGGUGAUUAUAAUGCUGCGUUAAAGGUUGCUUGCACCCAUUUGGGUCCUUUAGCUUCUAGUGAUCCUGCUUUAUUAAAGCCGUUGAAAGAAACUCUUUUGGCUUUACUACGGCCAAAUGAAGAUGCUCUUGGAAAUGCAUUACCCUUACAUGCUCUAGCUGCUUCUCUCCAGGUUGCAGUUGGUCGAAGGCUUGGUGUUGAAGAACCUCAACUUAUGAAAAUAAUGCGGGCCACUCUUUAUACUCAUAACGAGUGGUUUAAACUUCAAAUGUGCAAAGAUCGUUUUGAAGGUCUUUUGAGGAUUGAUUCCUUGAAGGAAGCCAACACUCCCUUCCUUGCACCAGUAUCUAUGUCCAAGUCCUAUGCUGAUAGCUGCACAAAUGGAUCUUCUCAGGCUACAGUAUCUUCAGGGACCAGGACGUCAGAAGAUGGUAGCAGUCCAACUCAAGUAUCUUCAAGGGAUGUCAUCUGUGACGAAGGAGCAAUACUUAAAGUAAUGGAGUUUUUAGCUUUGCCUAGGGCUGAUGCCAUACAUCUGCUUGCACAAUACAACGGAAAUGCCGAGACAGUCAUUCAGCAGAUAUUUGCCUAGAUGCAAAGGAGAAGUCACUGUAAUGUUUGAAAUCUGAAUUGAUGGAAACUACUCUCGUCUGUACAGAAUAUCUUGAUUAUUACCUCUCAGUUUUAAUGAGAAAGUUGUAAUUAAUAAAAAAUUUAUUGGCGUGACUCAA